UGGCAACUUACGAGCUGAGCGGUCCUUUUUCUCGAACAAACCGACCCCGAGCUUUCUAGUACGCCACACAAAGGGAACCAUAGUGACAGUGUAUACUGCGGCACAAGCGACAGUAGCUACAGACCAAAACAGUCCAUGGGUAAUGGUAGCUACAACAUUCGACAUUGCAAAUGGUGCUGCUGACAGCAUAAUGCGAAGCGGCCAUUCAAAUCCGUUGUGCCCUGCCUGAUUCACGUGAUACGGUUGAAUGGAACUGGCGGGUAGUGCAAAGCAAAAAGAAACGUGCUUUAGCUGGCCAGGUACGGCUUUUUCCUUUACGCUUUGUAUUUUUUUCUGAAUCAACUACCAUGUCUUCUGAGCCAGUCCUCGACUCUGUUCCGGCUGAUCAACAGGGAAGCUUUUCUUCUUUCUUAAAGACAUUGGCUUCUUUCACCGGUGAUUUGUCCAAUCUGACAUGCCCGUCCUUCCUCUUGGCCCCGAUCUCUUUGCUUGAGUACUCAGCUUUCUGGAUUGAUCAACCUGAGCUCUUCAAUGCUAUUACAGAGCCUGAAACUGCUGAAGAUCGGUUCUAUGCUGCCAUGAAGUGGUACAUUUCAGCUUUGAAUGGCUCGUUUGCUAGCAGAGUCCCCAAGGGAGAAUGGGAGAAGAAGCCUUUCAACCCUGUUCUUGGAGAACAGUUCUACUGUGCUUGGGACGAUGAGACUAGAAUUGUCUGUGAACAAGUCUCACAUCAUCCCCCGAUUUCAGGUUUCUUUGUUGAGAACAAGAAGUCUGGCGUGUAUUUGAAUGGUCAUGAUGGACAAAAGACUCGGUUCUCUGGAACUCAGAUGCUGGUCGACCAAGUUGGCCACUGUGUCAUUCACUUGAAGAACCGCAAUGAUGAGACUUAUCUCUUCACUCUUCCUUCAUUGUCUGUCAACGGUAUCUGGUAUGCUGCACCUUACGUUGAGCUUUAUGGUACUUCGUACGUUCAGUCUUCCACUGGUUUCUUCGCCCAAGUGGAUUACAGUACCAAGGGCUGGAUCUCUGGCGAGCUUCAUCACUUCAAGGCUACCGUCUCCCAUGAGUCAUUGAGCGGACCUACCAUUCUCGAGGGUCAAUGGACUGCCAAGUCAACCAUCACUAAGCACAAGCAAUAUGCUGACGAUUUCCUUGACUUGACUGCUCUUGAGCGUCCUACUCCCAAUGUGGAGCCAUUAGAAAAGCAAGGUCCUCUUGAAUCUCGUGCCUUGUGGGCCAAGGUAUCGGACGCCCUUAAGACCGGCGAUUACGCUGCCGCCUCCACUGAGAAGUCUCUUAUUGAGAAUCAAAAGCGAACUGAGCGUAAGGAGAGAGAAGAAUCUGGCGAGGAAUGGAACCCAGAACAUUUCGUAAAGGUCGACGGUGAUAGCGUUUAUGGUGAGCUUAAUGCUCAAAUUUGCGCCAACAGCAAGUAUAAGUACCAAGAGCAAGAUGGCUUCAGCUGGGUUUUCAAAGAAUACAGUGUCAACAAAUGAAGACAUCCCUUUCAACUCGCCUUGUUGAAGUAAUGCUUAGA